GGUGGGAGGGAGGCGUCGACAACCUGAGGAUCAUAAUCUAAUUUCUCCUCCAUUGGAUCAUCAAUCUGUUGAGGUUAGGAUUGUUGAAAGAAUCCUGAUACAUUCCUACAAUGGCUACAGCUCAGCUUUCUCACUCCAUCACAAUACGCAAGGCAUCUAAGGAAACAGUUUUCCCAUCCCAAAUCACUAAUGGGCAUGAGUCAUUGAAAAUCGUGAAGAAACUUUUUGCUAUUUCCAUCUCAUGUAUAGCAUACCUAAGGGGCCUGUUUCCAGAGAGCUCUUACGGAGAACGCCAUUUGGAUGACCUCAGUUUAAAAAUCCUCCGAGAAGAUAAAAAAUGUCCUGGGUCACUGCAUAUUAUCAGAUGGAUUCAAGGUUGUUUUGAUGCUUUGGAAAAGCGAUACCUACGUAUGGCAGUGCUGACACUUUAUGCAAAUCCCACAGGACCUGAGAAAGUGACUGAGAUGUACCAGUUCAAAUUCAAAUACAUGAAAGAAGGAGCCACUAUGGAUUUUGACAGUUGUAGCAGCAGUACAAGCUUUGAAAGUGGAACAAACAAUGAAGAUAUUAAGAAAGCCAGUGUUCUACUGAUUCGUAAAUUGUAUAUACUGAUGCAGGACCUUGAACCACUUCCUAAUAAUGCUGUACUUACUAUGAAACUGCACUACUAUAAUGCAGUGACCCCACAUGAUUACCAACCCCCCGGUUUUAAAGAAGGGGUGGAUUCACAGUUCCUGCUGUUUGACAGGGAGCCUAUCAACCUGCAAGUCGGAUUUGUCUCCACUGGCUUUCAUAGGAUGAAAGUAAAAGUCAUAACAGAGGCUACCAAAGUGACAGAUUUGAAGAACAAUCUGUUUCAGGAGAACAGCACUGCUGAGAUCGCCCAUCAGGGUCUAGACUGUGAUGAGGAAGAAUGCAAUGACCAUAUUCAAAGGAUGAAUUUUGUGUGCAGUCAGCAAAGUUCUGAGUGCUCCAGGAAGAAGAGGAAGGUCAGUGAACCAGAGAAGGUCUUCGUCCCUAACAGAAAAUGAAACCUAGAUAAUUCUUGCUACAUUUAUUUUAAAGUAAGUUUAUUUUGUAAAAACAUGCAUGAAUUGUCUUAGCAGGAAAGUAAAUUCCUGUUUCCAAAACGUUUUUCUAAGUUUUAUGCUCAACUUUUUUUUUGUCAGUUUACUAAGUGCUAAAUUGCUGGUCAGAUAGGACAUGAGUUCACUUUGCCACAAGGAAACAAGGUCAAUAGAGCUGCCUUGGGAUAGCAUUACUUUAAAGAUGGGUUAGAGAUGAGGUACCUUUUAUAUUAUAUUUGUAAAAGAACCACAGUAGUUAUUUUGGAAAGAAGCUGUUUUCUCAAAGGAAAGAAGGAUUUUUUUUUUCAUAAUUAAACUCUUCAGGUAUUUAGACUCCUGUGAAAUGUUUUAACUUGUUGUAACCUGCGUACUGGAAUCCUUCUGUAGCUGUAUUAAAUAUUCCCACAGAGUUGCAUAGGAUGUGUGUAGAGGUGCUUAUCCAGGUGUGAUUUAUGUGUUAACCUCAGUCACAAGGUUGAUCAGCUAAUUGUGGGACCAAAAUGUGCUUUCCCUCAACUCUGGCCUCAGGCCCUGUUCUGUUAGACAAUCCAAAACAGUGAACAUGCUGCAAUUCAGGAGCCUGGCACUCUUCUUAAGACCUAUAUUAAAUAUUUCCCAACAAUCACUUCAGUUUAUCAGUCUGUAACCUGCAAAUGAUGCUAUUAGUUCCUUCCUUAUUCUGGAAGAAUUUUGAUAGACUUAAUUAAUGAUUAGUAUGAAUGAACAAUAAAUGAUUUAAAGUGUUAUUUCUAUUAUUUAUAUAACAUUAGAUUUAGUAACUUAUGAAGUGAGGUUUAGUAAUUUAAUUUAAAGAGAUGAGACCAAUAAGUUAAAUGUUAAGUGUGUGACUUAUGGUUAAAUUAAAUAAAAAUACAAGA